AUGUUCCAAGUCUCCUCUCCUGAGCUUGAUGACAAUCUGGCUUCCUCUGGACUUGGGAACCAUGACGCGUCUACUCUACUGGCUUUCUCUCAGUCCCCUCAACUGUCAGACAACGUCACUCCCUCUCUGCUGGAGCCUCUGGCCCUCUGGGACCUCACUGGGGAUACUAACUGGUCGACACUGGUCUCUGCUUCUGAGGAACUGCCGCCUCCCAGAUGUCUCAGCUACGUCUACUGCAUCCUGUUGAAUGUCUUCAAGCUCUCCCCCAUCUUGGGCGCUGAAUCACCACUUACUGAUGAGCUUGCAAUCGUCAACAUGCACCUUGGAUCAUUGACCAUGUGA